UACAAGGUGAAGAAGAAACGUUGUCGUCCCUGAAACCACUUGACGUAAAUACCCAUUUUGUGUGUUGAUAAAGGUAGUAGUAAAAUCGUAGAGAGUAUAUGCUCUAUGGUCCAGAGUAAGUUUAAACAGUAAAGAAAUGUAUAAAUUUUUGAUUAUUGUAAUUGUGACCUUGGUUAAAAAUAUUUACACUCAAAACAUCGGAAGCCCUUGCACCCAUGAACGAUCUAAUUCUCCAGGACUCUGCAAACUGUUAACACAGUGUAAAGAGAUUCGGGAUGAAAUAGUAAUUUUUCAAAAACUGCCUCAAACUUGUGGCUUCCAAGAAACACAAGCCAUAGUCUGUUGCCCAAAUCCUCAGCCCUCAGGUUCCAUAAGCGAAACCAAAUGUAGAGAAUAUACGUCGCACACAAAAGAGAAACAAUUAUGUGGACACAAUAUUGUAAAGCGCAUCGUUGGAGGAAAACGAGCUGGAAGAACGGAGUUCCCCCAUAUGGCGAUAUUGGGAUUUCCGAUGGAAGAUUCUGACAAUUAUAUGUGGUUACGUGGAGGAUCACUUAUCAGCGAACAAUAUAUUUUGACAGCGGCGUUUGGUCUACUUCACAUUUAUAUUGGUAGGCCACAAGUAGUGUUGUUAGGGGUAACUUAUCUGAAUGACACUGACCACAGCCAAGAAAUAAAAAUUGAAAAGUAUAUAUCACACCCAGAAUACAACAAUACAUCGUACUAUCACGACAUAGGUCUAAUAAAACUGGAAAAACCGAUAGAAAUGAGUUCGUAUGUGCGUCCGGCAUGUCUUAAUACACACUUUGACAUUCCUGUUGGAAAAGUUGUUAUUACUGGAUGGGGUCAGACAGAAUGGGGAGGAGAUAGCAGUGAGGAUUUGCUCAAAGUAACACUAGAUAUUACAGAAUAUGAGGUUUGUAAUAAGAGUUAUCAAAGCAUUAGGAAGCUAAAAAGAGGAAUUAUAGAUAGUAUGCAUAUUUGCACACAAGGUAACGAACUAGAGGAUACUUGUCAGGGUGAUACUGGUGGUCCAGUACAAAUACAUCACAAUAACGACAAAAGCUCGUGUAUGUACGACAUAGUGGGCGUAGUUUCGUUUGGAAAAGCAUGUGGUGGUGCUCCAUCUGUCAACAUUCGAGUGUCUCACUACAUUAAGUGGAUUGAAGAUAUAGUUUGGCCAGAGAAUAAUCAAUAAACUCGGUUAUUUUAAUUGUACUACAUUCCUCGCUCUAACUGGAAAUAUCAGACAAUAAAACUUUUCUAGUAACUCUCGUUCAUUAUUAAUUUACCCUCCCGAUUUUUCAGUUGUACCAGAAGAUGAUCAGCGAACUUGCGACACAAAUCAGAGAUGACAUGAGAGAAAGUUAUAAACAAUUAUUGAAGGAAUGGAAUACACAGCUUAAAGAGGAGCCUAAAACAAUAAGAGAAGAAUUAAAGCAAGCAAGAGAUCAACUACAGGAGUAAAAUCUAGAAAGAGAGUGGGUGAAGUAGAAAGUCACCUAGAUCGUACUCAGAAAGAAAAGAGAAGAAACAAAGUAGUGAUAAUGGGAAUGGAAAUAGGAACAGGAGAGCAGAAGUAGAUAAUUGAAAAGGUGACAAAAUUUUUAGAAGAGAAAGCCAAAGUAGAGAGUAAAGUUAAAAGUGCGUAGAAAAUUGCAGAGAAAGUGUAUGUAGUGGAAUUCGAAAAUAGAGAAGAAAAAAUAAAUGUAAUGAAAAGCAAGAAAAGAAAAGGGUCGUCAAUUUACAUAAAUGGUGAUCUGACGAAAACGGAAAGAAAAAUUCAAAUCAAAAUAAAACAAGAGGCAACAAAAGAGAGAAAUAAAGGGAAAAUGGUUAGAAUGGGAUAUAAAAAGUUAACUCGAUAAGUUAGAAAAUUUUUAGUAAAGAGCCAAAAGAAAAGGAAGAAAAAUGGAAGGAAACAAGGCAAAGAAAAAGGAAGAUGCAGAUAGGGAAAUCGAAAAAAGGUAAGCUGGUACAAAAUUAGGAGAAAAAGGGGUGAAGGUGCUGUUUUGGAAUGUCCAAGGGUUGCGAAAAAAGAAAAAGGAGUUCUGGGAAUACGUGGGAAAAUUUGGUGUGGUGCGGCUAGUAGAGACAUGGGUACAAAGAGAAAACUGGGAGAAAUUUGAAGAGACACUACCACAAGAAUAUGUGUGGGAGUGUUUAAGGGCGACAAAGGAAACGAAAAAAGGGAGAACAAGCGGGGGAGUAGUAAUGGGAAUUCGAAAAAAAAUGGAAGAAUAGGAAAAUGGAAGGAAUAAUAAAAACGGACUAAUGAAGAAAUAAUAAUCGUUUAUAGCAAGAAAAUGGAGGAAACCAAGAUAAACAUAGAAAAGGAAACAAAAGAAAAAGGAAAUGAAAAAAUACUUAUAGGAGGGGAUUUUAACUCAAGACUGGGCGAUAAGGGGACAAGAAUAAUAGAUAAAGAAAACGUGGAGAAAAGAGGAUCAAAAGACAAAGCAAAUAACAAAGAAUGGAAAAUAUUGUGAAAGAUAAUAGAAGAAAUGGGAUGGAAAAUUUUGAAAGGAAAGAAGGAAGGAGAUGAAGAAGGAGAAUGGACGUACGUAGGGGCUAGUGGACAAGCAAUUAUAGACUACGGAAUUGUCAACGAAGAGGCGUGGGAAGAAAUAGAGCGUUUCAAAGUGAGGGAAAGGGUAGAAUCAGACCACAUGCCACUAGAAAUAAAAAUCAAAGGAAAAGAGCAAGAGUACGAAAAACAAGAGAGAAGAAAACGAAAGAAACGAAAUAGAAAAAAGAAUAUGGGAUGAGGAGGGAAUUCAAAGAUACACAGAAGUAGACUAGAAAAAAAAGAAAUUCGAAGUAAAAGAAGAUAUAGAAGCUAUGAUAGCAGAACUGAUCAACUUAAUUGGAGAAGCUAUGAAAAAAGAAAGAUAUACAUAUGGCAAGAGAGGAAUAAUGAAUGGAACGGAGAAUGUAGUGAGUUGAAGAGAAAAGCAAGGGAAAAAUUAAGAAAAUGGAAGAAUAACAGGGGAAGGAAAGAAAAGUACUUAGAAGCAAGAGAGAAUUAUAGGAGAAAAUGUGAAGAAAGAAAAAGAGAAAAACGAGAAGAAGAAGAGAAAACAAUAAAGUUCCUGAAAACAGAAGAAGAAGUAUGGAGAUAAAAAAACAAGGAACGGAGAAGGAAGACUGAAGUCAGUAGGAAAAUUAAAAUGCAUGAAUGGAAAAGACACUUUAUGGAAUUAUUGGGAGGUUGUGAGAAAAAAACGCUGCAAAAUAAAUAAAGGAAUCACAACGACGGAAGAAGAGAGAGAGUAUAGAAAAAUAGUAAAGGAAGAAGUACCAAAGUACAGAGAGAGAGUAUAAAGGGGAAAAUAAUGAUGACGAGAUUUAAGUGUGGAAAUGAAGAGAAAGAGGAUCAUUUUUGGUUGGAUGAAACUGCCAGAAGGUGUAGGAUAUGUUGGAGAGAGGGAGAAACAAUAGAACAUAUGCUGGAAGGAUGUGAAGGAUUGAGAGAAUCGGAGGAAAGUAGGAAAGAAGUGCUAAACGAAGAUGGAAGAGGACUUGAUGCAAGAAGUACAGAAGAUAAGGGAACUAAGGCGAAGGGUGGGCAACCAGAAAUAAUAGAACAAUUAUUACCAUAUAAAACUCGAAUGU